CACUGUGCAUAAAAACAGUAAUGGCAGAGGCCAGGCAAGGAGGGGGUGCUGGGAUAUUUGCCAAAAAUGUCCAGAAGAAAUUCAGCCGAGCUCAGGAAAAGGUUCUCCAAAAGCUCGGACGAACAAUAGAAACUAAAGAUGAAAUGUUUGAGCAGUGCGCCUAUAAUUUUAACAGGCAGCAGAAUGAAGGCAAUAAACUAUACAAGGAUUUAAAGGCAGUCUUCAGUGCUGUGAAAGCAAUGCAUGAAAGCUCCAAGAAAUUAUCAGAAACCCUACAUAUCAUUUAUAGAGCAGACUGGGAUGGAUAUAAUGAUCUGAAAGCAAUUGUAGAGAAUGAUGACCUUCUCUGGAAUGAUUAUGAGGAGAAGCUGUCAGAUCAGGCAGUGCGAAUCAUGGAGAAUUACAUGUCCCAGUUCCCUGAAAUGAAGGAAAGAAUUGCCAAACGGGGGAGGAAAAUGGUUGAUUAUGACAGUGCAAGACACCACCUGGAAGCAUUGCAGAAUGCUAAGAAAAAAGAAGAAGCAAAAGUUGCAAAGGCAGAGGAGGAGUUUAAUAAAGCACAGAUAAUUUUUGAAGAUUUGAAUAAGGAAUUGCGAGAAGAACUGCCAGUUUUGUACAACAGCCGCAUUGGAUGCUAUGUAAGUAUAUUCAAGAACAUCUCCAAUCUGAGGGAUACUUUCUACAAAGAGAUGAGUAAGCUGAAUCAUGACCUAUAUGAUGUGAUGGGCAAACUGGAGAAACAGCACUCCAACAAGGUUUUUGUUAUUAAAGGACUAAAAAGUAACAGAAAAUCUCUGAUUAUCUCAUCACCUAUAAGCCCCGCAAGUUUUGUUUUUACAAAUUUAGAAGACACCAUAACUACCAACCCAGGAGAUUCCACUCCUCAGAAAUCUGAAAAUAAUUCCAGUGAAACUCAAGAUUCGGAUACUACAGAUGGAGAUUCUGGUGAAUUUUCCCAGGACCCUCCAGUAGAUAUAUCUCAGACUACUACAGAACAUUGUUUGGAAGAACCUGGUGUUGAAAUAUCAAAGGAAACCAAAAAUAAAGAAAUAUUUCAACCUACUGAGGUGGAUAUAGAACUGAAGGACUUCAGUACUACACAAGAAACAUCAGGUUCUGCACAAAAAGGCAUAGAAGACCAAAAUCAAGAAGACCCAGAUAAAGUAGUAAAAGAAGACUCAAACUCAAAUACACAAGUGGACACAACACUGAAAGACUCAGAAGAAACUACACAGAGCUGUUCAGGAGACGAUAUACACAGUGCAUCAGUAGUAACUACAGAGCAAUCCCCAACAAAUGUAAACAGUGAUGUCCUAAGCAAAACAGCACACAAUAUUUUAAUGAAACAAAUAGCAGGAGAAUCAGAGGAAAUAUUAGAUGGGACUAUGGGAAAAAUAAAACAAGAUUCCCCUGGAGAAAUUGAAAACACACAUGAAGCAGCACAGGGAGGGUCUGAAAACACAAAUACAAAAACACAAAUCAGUUUAAAAGGCUCAACAACAGAACUGUCUGCAAACACUGUACAGGAAUCACAGGAAAGAAUAGAGGAGGAUACAAACCAGGUAGUGUCAGGUGAAUUAACAGUGGUAGCUGCUGAAAAAAUGACUGACAUGAAAUCCAAUAAUUUUGUUCAAAGUAACUUACAAACCAUGGAAGAGCAGGACACCACCAAAUGCAUGCAGGGACAUAACAUAUUUGAAAACUCAGCAAAUAAUCAAAUAGUAUCUGAAGAAGGCAUUGAACAAAUGGAAACCGUUGUAACCAAAGUCGUUAGAAUCGAACAAGCUGAGUCUGAAAUAAAAUUGCUUCAGGAUACUGUUAACAAAGAAUCAGAAGAAUCUGCUUUGUGUGAUUCACUAAGAACUUGCGUUAAAGAGACUGAUGAAAGUGUUCCACAUCAGAAUUUUGUGAGCCCAACCCAAAAUAAAGAAUUUUAUUAUACAUCCACUGAAAGAGAGAAGAGCAAUACGGCAGAUGAUUUGGAUGCCCCAACAGCACAUGAUCCAUGUCAAGAAAUCUCAACGAUUUGCGAUAAAAUAUCUUCCGCUACAGAUGUUAAUACAAAUAUAGAAACUGAAAAAGAAGCCUUAUAUAUUGGCGAGAAAAAUGUAGAAGAGCAAAGCAUUUCAUUCCAGAGAGAAGAUAUCAACCAAUAGAAGAGCCACAGCAUUUAAAUAGCCAAAUUAUUUUUUUGCUUACUAUAAUUUUCUCUGUUAUUGUUCCUUGUUCUUCAUCAGAAAAAAAAAUGUAGAGCUGUUAAUUUUUUUUAUUUGUAAAUUAAAUACCAUUUUCAGUUAUGUUUAUUGCAUUAUACCAUGUUUCUCCUUUUUGCAGAAUCUAUUGUAAUACAAAUAAACCAUAAGGAAAAUACUUUUGGCUCUUAAAUAAAUAAAUCACAUAAAAAAUG